CAGGAAAUUAAUUAAAUUUAAGUAAAAAAAAUAGAUGGCAUUUCUUUUCGGAGCCAACCAGAACUUGAAUAGUUACCAAGUCCCACUUCCACAAGCCAAUGUGACCUUGGUUAGUAGUGGAGCUGCCUGUAAAUGAGGGUUUGUCAGACAUCCAACCUGGGUCAUCCCUCCUGUAGCAGGAAUUUACGAUAAGAAUAAUCAAGAAAAUAAAAUUGGAGUCACAGAUAUUAACUUUAAUGCUCAAAUAUCUAAUUCUAUUGCAGAUAUCGAGCUUGCACAAACUUUUGUGAACACAACUGAAAAUCCUAUAGAAUGUCUGCUUAAGUUUCCCUUGAGCGAUGAGUUUGCAGUCACUGGAGUCACUAUCAAAAUGGAGGAUAAAGAAAUCCAGACAGAUAUCAUGCCUAAGAAGAAAGCGGAAGAGAAGUAUGAUGAUGCUAUUGCUCAAGGGCAUACUGCUGUUAAGGUCAACUAUAAUGAAGCAACCCCUGAUAUCUUAAACCUUGAUAUUGGAGAUUUGGAUAUAGGCAAAGAGAUCUCUGUCAAUAUAAAAAUGUCAUUGAAAUGCCAAAGUUUUAAGCAUGGUCAAUUUACCUUUGUUUUCCCUUGCAAUUUUUUCCCCAUUUCUAACAAAGAAGGGAGCACAUUUGGAACAAAUUUUUCCAAUUUUCAAGGCAAAAUAACUCUUGAUUUGGAAUCUCAGCUUACUAAUUUGGAUGUAAGCCAUGAAGAUUUGGCACACUCAACAGAAGGAGACGUGCAUAUUCUUGAAUUUCCUCCUCAAAAUAGGGUUUUUGACAAAGAUAUAGUAAUCUCUUACUCUUUUGAGAAGAUCAGAGAUCUUAAAGUCAAGAUGUACGGAUCGCUGAAGUACCCUGAUGAGGUAGUCUCUCAUUUCAGCUUUAUCCCAAGAAUCUCAGAUGAGCUAGAUGAAGAGGAAGGAAAGUUAACUGAGGAAGAGCAAAAGGAGGGAAGUUCUAAAUUUGAUGACCCUGAAAUAGCCUCUGGAGAAUACAUAUUUCUGAUAGAUCGAAGCGGGUCAAUGGGAUGUUGCUCUCGAAUGCAAAUCGCUGUUACAGCUCUUGAGCUUUUUAUUCAGAGUCUGCCCCAGGAUUCUAAGUUCAAUAUUGUAAGUUUUGGUAGUUCUUACGGAUUCUUCACUCCAGAAUCUCUUGAGUUUAAUGAUGAAAAUAAGAUGCUUGCUCUUGAUGAGAUCAAGUCUUACACAGAAGAUAUGGGUGGCACAAACAUUUAUUCCCCGUUAAAGCACAUUCUUCUGUCUAAGUAUGAUUGAUCUUACCCAAGAAAUGUGUUUUUACUAACUGAUGGAGGUGUAUGAGAUAGAGAAAAUGUCAUUAAUCUAAUAUAAAAGAGAAUAGCUCACAUACAAGAGUCCACUCAUUCGGAAUUGGAACAGGAGCAGAUCAAUAUCUUAUCAAAGAGUCUGCGAAAGCUGGCAAAGGAAAGUACCAUUUCGCUGAAGAUGGAGAUCUCAAACUAAAUGCAAAAGUAAUCUCUUCUCUUUCAGAAGCCUCAAGACCUGGAUUGACCAAUAUUUCCAUCGAUUGGGGUGAUGCUCAGCCAGCCAUAAAGUACCAAACUGUAGAAACCCAAGAUGGAAAAGAUGAAAUAGAAACCUUGAAAUAUGCCACAAAAAUUGAUGAUACUUAUGAAGAGGAGUCCCUCCACUUGUUUACGAUUCUUGACAAGCAAAAACUAUUCGACAUUUUGCUCGCUAAUCCAGAAGUGUGAGUAAAAUUUAGGUGCUUCAAUACCCUCUCAAGACAAAACGAGUACUGUGAGGUUCCACUGAAUUGAUAUCUUAAUGAUCUUGAACUCACGGAAUCUCCAUUCACUUUAGCUUGCAAACACCUUUUUCUCUAUUUGAAGGAGUCUCCUUCAGACUAUUCUCCUGCACUUAACUCAGGAGGACUUUUUGGGGGAAGCCGUCCUAUUCCUGAACCACAGAAUGUUCCCAAGAAGAUUGAGGUGACUAAGUCUCUCUUAGAUGUAACUCAGGAGGAGCUAUCUAUUAAGUAUAAAGUGUUAUGUAAAGAUACAGCUUUCUUUGGGAGAAUCAAAAAUCUUUCAAUAAGAGGAGAAGAAAUGAAGACUGUGGAAAUAGACCUGACAAAAAUAGAGAGCUCAUCAAAUUCCAGUGGAGGAGUCUUGUUUAGAGGUAAAGGAGGUUCUUUAUUUGGAAGUGCUUCUGGAGGAGGUUCCUUUGGAAAUUCAGGAGGAUCAGCUCCGAAGGGAUCAGGAGGCCUUUUCGGAAGUUCUGCAGGAAGUUCUUCAGCAUCAACAAGUCUUUUUGGAGGUGCAGCAGGAAACUCCAGCAGUGGAGGAGGACUAUUUGGAGCAUCUUCUAAAGCUCCAAAUUCUGGAGGAGGAUUAUUUGGAUCCAAUGUUAAAUCUGCUGAAGGAUCGAGCUCAUUCGGAGGAGGCUUUGGAAACUCCCAAGGAUCCACUUUCGGAUCAGCUAAAGCAUCAGGUUUUGAAUCUUCGGCUCCACUUUUUCCAGGAGGUCAAUUAUUUGGUUCAUCAAACCCACCUGCUUCCUUUUCAGGAUUUUCAGGUUCCUCAGGAAACACUGCCACUCUAUCAACAUCUCAUGCUCAACCUGAAUAUUGCAAGAUCACUAGUCUGCAGAAGGCAGAUGGGAGCUUUGUUGAAUUACCAGAAGGCACUAAAACCAUUGAUGUUUGUGGCGAGUCGAAUUCAUCAGAUUCAGGACUUGGAAAAGCAGUAGCUAUAUUCUUGGAAAAAGUACAACCAAGUGUUAUAGACCAUGGAUCUCUUCAGAUACUCUGGAACACUCUUUUUGCAAUAGCUAUUUUGAAGAAGCACCAUAACUCUACUAGGUCAGAAUGGAAUCUGAUAUCGAAGAAGGCCAUUAGAUUCUGUAAGAAUUAUAUCAGUUCAAAAUCAGAGAUCAAUCAAUUGAUUGAUAGUAUUAUGGGUGAAGUUUAAAUGUUAAUGCUUCAACUUUUAUGGAUGAAUAA